AUGUCUAAUGACAUCUGCUAUGACGGUACAGUGUGCAAUUCAUCAGGUGACAUCAUCCAGCUUAUGUACAGAGAGGAUGGGAUGCAUGUGACAGGGAGUUGGAGCAGUCACUCCAACCCUACCUCUGCCACUACCAAAGACUCCACAUUCAUUGAAUCCUUCUUCACCAUCCCAGAUGAUGAGGGGAGCAUCAAGAUGAAGAUGGAGCAGGUUUUGGAGACUGAUGGUGUCAACUUGAAGGUGGUGAUCUGUGUUCCAGGCAUUGACUUUAUUUUACUCACCUAG